AAACAGAGAAGGACUAUGGCAUCAAACAGUCUGUUCAGCUCAGUGACACCAUGUCAGCAAAACUUCUUUUGGGAUCCCAGCACCAGCCGGAGGUUCAGCCCCCCCUCCAGCAGCCUGCAGCCCGGCAAGAUGAGCGAAGUGAGCCCGGUAGUAGCAGCCCAGCAGCAGCAGCAGCAGCAGCAGCAAGAGGCGGCGGCGGCCGUGCCCAGGCUGCGCCCCCACGAUAACCGCACCAUGGUGGAGAUCAUCGCCGAUCACCCCGCCGAGCUGGUCCGGACCGACAGCCCGAACUUCCUGUGCUCCGUGCUGCCCUCGCACUGGCGCUGCAACAAGACCCUCCCGGUGGCAUUCAAGGUGGUGGCUUUAGGAGAAGUACCUGAUGGGACCGUGGUCACCGUCAUGGCUGGAAAUGAUGAAAACUAUUCUGCAGAGCUGAGGAACGCCUCUGCUGUGAUGAAGAACCAAGUGGCCAGGUUUAAUGACCUAAGAUUUGUGGGCAGGAGUGGAAGAGGGAAGAGUUUUACCUUAACAAUAACUGUCCUUACGAACCCCCCGCAAGUCGCUACAUACCACAGAGCUAUAAAGGUUACAGUGGAUGGACCAAGAGAGCCAAGGAGGCACAGACAGAAGCUUGAUGACUCUAAACCUAGUUUGUUCUCUGAACGUCUCAGUGAUUUAGGGCGCAUUCCUCAUCCCAGUAUGAGAGUAGGGGUCCCGACUCAGAGCCCACGGCCCUCUCUGAACUCUGCACCAAGUCCUUUUAAUCCACAAGGACAGAGUCAGAUUACAGACCCCAGACAGGCACAAUCAUCCCCUCCGUGGUCAUAUGACCAGUCUUACCCAUCCUACUUGAGCCAGAUGACUUCACCAUCCAUUCAUUCCACAACUCCCCUGUCCUCUUCACGAGGCACAGGCCUUCCUGCCAUCACCGAUGUGCCCAGACGCCUCUCAGGUAAAGACCAUGCUUCUGCCGAUUGUAGCUGGGAGUCAACAUUUCAAAAGGAGGACAAAGCUGGUGCUUCAGAGCUGGGCCCAUUUUCAGAUCCCAGGCAGUUCACAAGCAUUUCAUCCCUCACUGAGAGCCGCUUCUCCAACCCACGAAUGCACUAUCCAGCUACCUUUACCUAUACACCGCCAGUCACCUCAGGCAUGUCACUGGGUAUGUCAGCAACCACUCACUACCACACCUACUUACCACCGCCCUAUCCAGGCUCUUCCCAAAACCAAAGUGGACCAUUCCAGACCAGCAGCACUCCAUAUCUCUACUAUGGCACUUCAUCAGGAUCAUACCAGUUCCCCAUGGUGCCGGGAGGAGACCGCUCCCCUUCCAGAAUGCUUCCUCCCUGCACCACCACAUCAAACGGCAGCACACUAUUAAAUCCUAACUUGCCUAACCAGAAUGACGGUGUGGAGGCUGAUGGAAGCCACAGCAGCUCCCCAACUGUUUUGAAUUCUAGUGGCAGAAUGGAUGAGUCUGUUUGGAGGCCAUAUUGA